GAUUGCUCUCGCAGCAGCAGCGACGAAGUUCACGGCACAGCGCGCGCCGCACGCCGCGCGAUGGUGCCGCUCCGGCUAGACCUGUCCGCGCCAGAGGCGCACCCAUCGACCAGCGGCGACGCGGGCGGCGGGCCGGCCCCCAUCACACCUGCGCAGUGGAUGGACCGGAUCGAGACGCAGCUGGGCAGCCACGGGCGCAGCCGCAGCGCCUCCGCGGGCGCGGCCGAUGCCGACGCCGACGCACCCGCCACGCGCCGCGCAGCCGCGGCUGCGCCGACGCCGCUCGUCCCGCCGGCGUUUGUGUGUCUUGGCUUGAUGGGCGCCGGGGGCGGCGGCGGGGGCGGCGGCCACUGA